AUGGCGUAUCGUGAAAACCCAGGAGUGGCAUCCUAUGUCUUGAGCAUAGGACAGCGCAACACAAGGGAAGUAGUCGUCGAUCACCUGUGGCAAAGGAUCUUGCAGAUAAGUUUCCCCUACGAAGAGAACUAUUUACAUGAAAGAGAAGAAUACUCUCACCCACGUUCUCUCUCCAGAGCAAAUGUUACCCUAGCAACUCUGCAAAAUGCAGUACGCCGAAAAUUGCUUGUGGUAGAGUGCAAAAAGAGCCCCGGUAAUAGAUCGGGGUAUGCUCCCCCAGGAGUAUGGGAAGCGGCCAAAGUUCAGCUAAGGAACUUUUUGCUAAGCUAUCGACAAACUCAAGCGCCUUUGGCUUGCGGACUAUACGCGAUUGUUGAAGUUGGCAAAUUUGCCAAAUUCUAUCGUCUUAAAAACAGCUCUGAUGAUCUUGAGGAUUUCGGGGGCAAUUUGACAACCUUAAAUAUUGAAAGAGACGCAAAUCAAGUUCAGGCCCUACUUGCUUUGAUGAAGAGUGAAAUUGAAGGUUCAUUGUGA